UUCUCAGACACCUGGGAGGACGAGUCUGGAGUGCCACCAUGCCUCUAUCUGCAGCCCUGAAGAGACUCUUCAUCACCUAUGUCCUCACCAUAUUGGUUUUUGGCUCUGUGGAGAGUUACCAAUGUGUAAGCUGUUCUCUUCAUACAUGUAGUGCCGACACACAGACAACUUGUGGAAACUCUCAAAGCUGCUUCAGCCACAGGGAAGAAUUGAAGAUAUCAGGGGAGCUCUUACAAUCUGUUGAGGAGAAAGGCUGUGCUUCAAGCUCAUGUGUCCCACUGGACUUCUCAGCAUCACUGGGGAAUAACCAAACAUUUGGAUAUAAGCAUCAGUGCUGCCAAGAUGAAUUGUGUAACAAGAGGGAAUUCCAACUGCCUCAGAAGUCCUCUCAUCCCAAUGGCAUUAAAUGUCCUGCCUGCUACAGUGUGGAUGACAUUUCCUGUGAGCCAGAUUUCCUCACCUGCACUGGCACAGAGACAAAAUGUGUCAAUGUUAUUGGCAUAAGUGGUCCUAUAUUUAUGAUUUUUGCCAUGGGUUGUGCUACUGAAACUGCCUGCAACUUGAAGAAUAUAAGCAUAUUGAAUAACAUAAAACUCCAUACAUACUGUGUAGAAGGCAAUGGGGGACCCCGGGUGACGUCCUUCAUGUCAUCAAUCUUGACUGGUUUCUUUCUGCUCAAAGCUUUGCUUUGACUUUCUAGGCCCUGCCAAAACAUUAUCCCACAAACCCGAAAAAGUUGGAGUUCUUGGAUGCCUUCUCCCCUAAACAUUCCCCAGACAUUGAAGAAUUAAAGACUUAAGUGUGUGUGUAA